AUGGACGAGUUUCAGACAUGGCAUUCAGUCCAACCUGAGGGUCUGGCGCUUAUCAUCGUGGUAAUCACCAUAUUUUUCACUGUCCUCAACCUAGUUGUCCUCCUACUCAGAGGCUACAUACGAACGGUCAAUCAUUCGAACAGCAUCGAGGAUCAUUUGAUGUACAUUGGGGGGAUCGUCGACUUGGGUCACAAUAUUGCGGUCGUUUACGGAUGCUAUACUGGUAUUGGCUCGUUUGAUUACAAGCUGAAUGAUCCCGUCAUGACGGAGGGUGCCAAGAUGGUUACUGUUUGGCAGCUCCUCUACAUCACCUGUUCGCCCAUCAUCAAGAUCAGCAUUUGCGCUACGUUGAUCCGAGUUGCCUCGCAGCGGCGUUAUACCUACCCACUCUAUGCUGUCUCAGUUCUGGCCGUAGCCAUGAGCGUCAUGGCAAUAAUCUGCGUCUUCAUCCAAUGCACCCCAUUUUCAGCCUCCUGGACUGGCCAAGGGCAAUGCAUCUCAGUGGACGUCAUUAUCGUCCCCACGUACAUUUUUUCGGCCGCCAACAUCGCUAUCGAUUGGACUGUUUCUAUCAUGCCAGCGUUCAUAUUGUGGAACCUUCAAAUUCGCAGAAAUCUGAAGCUUCUUGCCUUUGGUGUUCUGGGAAUAGGGAUUCUGGCAUCUAUCGCUACUGCUGCUCGCAUGGCGUACGUUCUAGGCUAUGCGGCCAAGACCAACAAGCUGUAUAAACUCGGCUUUGUUAUACUGUGGACCGUUGUUGAGAUGAGCCUAGUGAUUAUUGCCGGUUCGCUUCCUUCACUCCGCAAAUUCUUCAAGGGCCUCUCCAAAUACAGGAGCAGUGGGGACGAGGAUUCAUACGGAACCGAACUCGUCACAAUUGGAGGGAAGAGGAGCGAACCGCCCCCGAUAGUGCCCAGCUAUGACUACGAGGUCACCACCACAAUUGGCCAAGGGGGAGAUGGGAACAGCGACACGGGUUUUGACAAGGACGAUGACAGCACGCGUCGGAUGAUUCAUGUCACGCGGGUUAUUGAGCAAACUUAUAGCUAA